AUGGCGAUGGCCGAAGAGCAGCUCGCCACCCUCUCCGCCGCUGCACCGGCGUGGAGGGAGUUGUCGGCGGCUGAGGUCCACGAGGACGAGUGGUCGCGCGCAGGCGACUGGGUCGCGCGCGAGACCGAGCUGAACCUCAUCGCGGCGGCCGACCGGGCGGUGCCGGGCGCGACUGUGCGCUUUGUCUUUGGCAGCAUCCUGAGUGACUGGCUCAAGACCUACAUUGCGGCAACCUCUGGCCGCGAGUCGCUCGCUCGGAUGGAGGAGGACGCCGCCGACGGCUCCUCGCGGUACGGACCCAUCGGUUUGGGGCCCGGCGCUCCCGGCUGCGUCGCCGAGCUGUGGGCCGACCCGGCGGGCGCGUCCUUCCUCGGCGUGGUGGACGUGCUGAGCCGCUGCCUCCAGCACGCGGAGCCGGUGCUGCUCAAGUUGCACCCGCUGCGCCCGUGGCUAAGCCCGCCCCUCCUCCUCAUCCUGGCGCCGCUCAUCGCUCGCAAUAUCGUCGCGGUGACGCUCGACCGCGGCGUCGAGGAGGCGUCGGCGCUGUGCACGCACCCGCUCGUGGGGCAUGUCCACCUGACGGGCAGCGAGGAGACUGCAACCGCGGUCCGCGCGUCGCUCGACCGCGCCGGCCGCCCGCACGUUGGCAUCACGUCGGAGCUCGGCUGCGCCACGCCGUGGCUCGUCUCGCCGGGCGCGUGGAGCGGCGAGGAGCUGCGGCACGCGGCCACCCUGAUUGCUACGGCCAAAAAGGGGAACGGGGGGUGCAACUGCCUCAGCGCGCAGGUCGUCGUCGUCGCGCGCGACUGGCCGCAGCGCGGUGAGUUCCUCUCCCUCCUCACCGCCACGAUCGCCGCGCAGCCAACCGUCCCGGCCUACUACCCCGGCGCCCACAAGCGCCGCGCCGCCCUCGGCGCCCUCUACGGCGCACGCGCCUCGCCCGUUGUCGGCGCCUCCCUGCCGCACACGCGCCUCACCGCCGAGGACGAGGUGCUGCUCCUUGACUGCGGCGUGGCGGGCGAGGCGAGCUUCGACGGGGCGGCGCUGCGCACCGAGGCCUUUUGCCCGGCCCUCGCCGUCUACCUCUGCGGCGCGGCGGUCCCCUUUGUCAACUCGGACGCGUGCCUCGGCUCCCUCUCUUGCUCCAUCCUCGCCCCGGCCUCCGCGCCGGCGCAGAGCGUCAACGCUGCGGUCGCCGCCCUCAAGUAUGGCGCCGUCGGCGUCAACGCCUGGUCGGUGCUCGGCUACAUGGCCUCCUGCCGCGGAGGCACGUGGGGCGCCCACCCGGACGGGCCUCGCUCGGGCCUCGGGCGGAUCGGCAACGCGUUUGGCGUCGCGCACGCCUUCAAGUCGGUCGUGCGCGGGCCGCCCCUCUCGACGGCGCCCUUCAUGGACGCGGCCAAGGCGCCGCCGCCCCUCCUCCUCGACGCGCUGCACGCGGCGCUGUGUGCGCCCUCCGCCGCCCGCGGUGCCGGCCGCCUGCUCGGCGUGCUGCUGCUCCGCAUGGGACAGGCCGUCCUCGCCGCCCUCGGCCUCGCGCCCCGCAUCCGGUACGGCGCGGCGCUGUGA